UUCGAGGUAGACGCGCUCGCAGGAUUUUACGGCUUCGAGACCGCGGACGGUGAUGUCCUUUUCGGAGGAGAGACCGAGACCGACGACGUAGAGGACCAUUGGAGCUGAGGAGAUGGAGGGGAGGGUUACCGACAGGCUCGAAAUAAGGUUUGGAGAUUUCGAGGUUUGGAGGUGGCGCGGCAGGGGAGGGUGUACCGCAGUCCGCCGUUCAGCUGCUCCAAACGCAACGAUGGCAGCAUACAAAUCAACGCCGUCAGACUUCCCUCCCCGCCUCGUCGCAAUCUUCUUCGCCGUCUUCGAUCCGCAGUUAGGCCCGCACGUCCUCCAUCAAGUCCCCUCCGCUUCGAUUCACCCGCAAUCACCCUCGGCAUUAUUUGACUUCGAGGCACUGUCCGAGUACAUCAUUCCAAAACCUCAGUUAUGCUCGAGGUUGAUUCAGAUAUGUUCGCGUGGGUAUAGAGUGCUCGGAUGGCCAAUAUGUAUGGUGGAUAAGAAGUACGAGCGAAAUGCGUUAAUGUUCAAUCUAUGUUGCGUGUUUGAAGAGGGAGCGGAUUCGUCGUGCUACGUAUCCAUCGUACGGCGACUAAACAGAGUCUUCAAACGCUUAGAGGAGCAAAACGCAUUCAUCUCCAACCCCCAAAACGCCCUCCAAAUCCACAACAUCAUCGAACAAGUCUUCGAGGAUCUCAAUAAUUAUUGUGAAUGCAUGAUCCCCAUCAACGACGCCAAUACCAUCAACCUCAAGCUGUUCCCGUCGUAUCCGCAGCCGCCGCCGGUGAAGGCGUAUCACGUACCGAUUUUGACUGUGAUCCCAUUUAUCGAUGGUAUCAACAGCGUGAGAAGGAUAAGUGAUAUCGCCGACGUGGAUUACGUCCUAGCAAAGAAAUGCAUGGAACACCUACUCUACUACGGCUGUCUUCUCAUGACCGACAUCUUCCAAUUCUCAAACGUCUACGCCCCAACCCCCCUCCUCGAAAACAUCGUCACAGACCCCCCCCUCCAACACGAAUGCCAAGCCUACGUCUCCUCCCACGGUCCCUCCUCCGCUCCCAAAAUCCCAUUCGCAAGAUUGUUUGAGUUGUACUGCUCACUCCGGCAAGGUACCCGUCUCACAGAAUGGAUGGAGGCGAAUGAGACGAAACUAGAGGGGAUUGAUGUCAGGAGGUUUGUUAGUUUUGGGUGUAUUAAGGGGUUUUUGUAUCGGGUGAGACGGUAUCCAGUGUUGGAGGAGGGUGUGGAGGGGAGUACGGGUGCUGGAUCGGGGAGGAAGGGGGUGCCGUUGAUGAGGUAUUUGGAUGGGACGAGUACGUUUGAUGAGAUUGCGACGGAUUUGCAGUGUCCGCCGGCGCAGAUUGAGAAGGCAUUGAAGGGGUAUGAUCGGACGAUGAAGUAUAUUUAUCGGUAGCGUAAUGAGGAGGAGUCAGGACGCUACGCUUGUAG